GUCGGGCGCAGUACGAGGUUACCAAUUGCGGCAUAGGUGAGACAUUUUCGACCCUUGUUAAAUAGAUACCAUCUUUCGCGUGCCCUCGAUCUACUUUCUUCCCAGCAAGGAAUAUUUAAACAACGACCAUUAUUAAGGCUUCUCACUUCCGGGCCGACAUAUCAGACAAACAAUGACCGAUACAAAAAAAGUCGCUAUCUGGUACGACCAAAAUGCCAGGAUGGAACAUGACCGUCUCAACAAUUGUCGACUCGAAUUUUCCAUUUCUUGGAGAGUGGUUACUCAGUGUCUGAGCCAGCUGGAAACAAAUGACCCGUUAGAAAUCCUAGAUCUUGGAGGAGGAACUGGUCGAUAUGCUCUGAAACUAACACAGUUGGGCCAUUCAGUCACACUCGUGGACAUAUCCGACCAGGAGCUCGAGAUAGCCCGCGAAACGGCUACCAAAACGGACACAAAGCUCACUGCUGUUAUUCAGGCGGAUGCACGAGACAUCCGCGCCAACCCUGCCAUCUUCCAAGAGAAGAAAUACGAUCUCGUCCUAUGUCAAGGCCCGCUCUACCACCUACUCGAAGAGGACGAGCGCCGUAAUGUUCUCUCCACAUGUGCUGCGUCACUCAAGCCCGGUGGGACCCUGGUCGCUGCAUUCGUUCUUCAGUACGCUCACUUGCGAGACAUUGCCCAGCGAGAUCCCAUGCGACUCUUGGCCGAUUAUGAUGCUUUUUACGCAAAGUAUCUUGCUGAUGGGAAAUAUACGCGGAAUCCGCUUGUCUCCUCGUAUCAUGCGAACCCAGCAGAAGUCAGGAAGAUAUUCGAAUCGAUCCCUGGGCUACAACUGGAAAGGUUAGUAGCCUGCGAAGGGUUCCUUGGCGGAGGGUUAGCCUCUAAGAUCAAUCAACUGCCGGAUGAUGCUUAUGAGAAGUGGGCCGAUGUUGUGCUUCGGUUUGCAGAAGAUCCGAGUAUCCUGGGCAAUGCAGAUCAUGUGCUGGCCGUUGCAAGGCGGGUGACUUGAUGAAUUGGUUCCUGCUGGGUGUAUAAGGAUUCUAAUUCCGGGGACCUUAUUGCUAAGUUACUCGGGCAUUGACCCGCAAUAAUUUACUCUGAGCCACUAGCUAAACUAACAUAAAUUGUCAUGUUAACAGCGUCUCGCUCGACUGGCAAGUCCGGUAACAGUAUAUUCUAAUUUAGUACAUAGCCCACCCCCCACUAGCCGAAAUAACCUGCCCCGUAAUCCACCUACUCCCCUCACUCGCAAGCCAAACAACCACCGGCGCGAUAUCCUCGACGGUGCCCAAUCUAUUCUGUAUCGGAGUCGAAUCCUUCUGCAUCUUCACCGUCUCCUGCGGAAUAUUCCCGAUGAGAUCCGUCUGAACGGGGCCCGGGUUCACACAAUUAACCGUGUGUCCAGCACUCCCCAACUCGGCAGCCCAGCAUCUCGUCAUUCCUUCCAGAGCCGCCUUUGAGGAGCAAUAUACGGAAAGCUGCUUGAAGCCGCUCCGUCCACCUACAGAGCCGAUGUUGAUGAUUCGCCCUGGGGCGCGUAAGUGUGGGAGAACCGAUUGGAGCAUAAGCAGCGGUGCGCGGACGUUGAGGUCGUAGACGAAGCUAAAGUCAUCGACAGUGAUGUCUGGGAUAGGCUUGACGAGUUCGACGCCGGCAUUGUUAACCAGGAUGUCAAUAUGCUCGCCAAAGUGCUUGAUUGUUUCGGUUACUAUUUUGGCCGGCGAGUUGGGGUCUCGCAGAUCGGCCUUUAUACUAAUGGCAGCAGAGCCGUUGCCGAGUCCGUUGAUGGUUUCGAUCAGAGAGUCCACCUGCUUUUCGCUUCCGCUGGAGGUAUAGGUAACCGAGACCUUCCG